UGUUUCAUCUGUAGAUGUUUGCAGGAUUCCACGUGGACUGGUGUUUACAUGCUGUUCAGACUUAUAGAUAUGCAAGCAUGAAUGGAUGACAUCAGGGAGGAAGAGGAGCCAGCUGAAGGAUCUUCCUCUCUGUGUUGAAUCUUUGAGUCCCCAGAUUAUGAGCCUUCACUUCCUGUUUCGGAGAAGUCCAACCCCCUGACGCGUGACAUUGACCGGGCUUCACCCAAUUGCAUUGUGAGGAUGCUGCAGGCCUGUGAUGACCAGAUAUUUCAGGAAGAGAUGGGAGCUCCCUACCAGAGGCUUUUGAGUGAACAAGUGGUGGAAACACUGACUGAGGUUGCUAAGAAGGUGGAGCUCAUUCUCAAGGAUCCUCGGAACAGUCUCAUAGUACUGAGUGGUUGUGGGACUUCUGGUCGACUGGCUUUCCACAUCACGUCAGCUUUCAACAGAGCACUGGGGGAGCUGGACCAGAGUUCUGUCUAUUCAUACAUCAUUGCAGGAGGAGACAGAGCUCUGCUAUCCUCCCAAGAAGCUCCUGAAGAUGACCCCAAUAUGGGCGUGCUCAGCCUGCAGAAGGUCUGUGAGGGAAAGAAGCGCGUCUUGUUCAUUGGUAUUUCCUGUGGGUUAUCUGCUCCAUUUGUUGCCGGUCAGCUGGAUUUCUGCCUGCAGCACCCUGAGGUGUACACCCCCGUACUGGUUGGCUUCAAUCCUGCACAUCAGGCCAGGGAUGAGCCCAUUCCAGGCUGCACGUUCACUUUUCACAGCAUGGUGCGAAGGAUGCAGGAGCUCGCCAAAUGUCAAAAGGCCUUCCUCAUCAAUCCAGCGGUUGGGCCAGAAGCCAUCAGCGGCUCGUCCAGGAUGAAAGGAGGCAGUGCCACCAAGAUUCUCCUGGAGGUUGUCCUGUCUGCCGCUCACGCUGCUACCUUUGCAGACACACCGAUCACUCAUGGGGGCAUCCUGCAGCACUUGAGAGCAUACGAGAAAACUCUGGAGAUCACUUACGCUCAGAGAGAGGGGAUAGGUGCUCUGUUGGAGGCAGCCGGGCAGAGUUUACGGCGUGGCAGGCGUGUGUGUUACCUGGGCUGGGGCCCCCUGGCCACGCUGGGCCUCAUCGACGCCAGCGAGUGUGUCCCCACAUUCGGAGCAGGCUACGAAGAUGUUCGGGGCUUCAUCAGUGGAGGAUACAGAGAGCUGAACAACAACGAGGGUCCACUGGGUCCAGACUUUCGCAUAGCACACAAGGAUUUCUUGCGUCUAGUUCUGCCCUCUCUUGAUGACCGCGACGUCGUUCUUCUUAUCUACACACACUCCGACGACAUCAGCCAAGUGGCGGAGCUGGCGCGCAGAGUGAGAGAAAAGACGUCCAACCUCCACGCGGUUUAUCAUCGGGUUGAUGGAGACACUGCAGCUGCUGUACAACAAGUAACUGAUGACAUUAACAAGCUGUGUUUAUCUUCACUAACAUUCGCUUUGCCGUCACCUGCUUCAGGGAUCUCACUGCAAAUGCAGUGGGAGCUGUCCACGAAGCUGCUGCUGAACGCCGUGAGCACCGGCGCUCACGUCCUGAAGGGGAAGAUCUACCAGAACCACAUGGUGGACGUGCAGGUCACCAACAGCAAACUGUACUGCAGAGCCACACGUUUACUCCAGAAGCUGUCUGGUUGUCCGGAGUCCCGGUGUGAGGAAGCUCUCCUGAAGGCCGUCUACCAAGUGGACAAGCUGACAGCGGACAUCACGUACUCUGACAUCAGCGCACACACGCGCACUGCCAGAAGCGUUACCAAGGUGGUCCCUCUGGCUUUGGUCUGUUUGCUGACCGGUCGCUCUCUCCUGGAGGCGGGGACUCAUUUGGAGCAACAGCCAAUCGUGAGAGAGGCCGUGGAGGCGUGCCUGUCGUAACUGACGUUGCGUGAUGUCAUCUACACACGUUCAUGUAAUCAACCCACUAUUCCCCCUCCACAGAGAGUUUAUAGCUCAGCAGAUGAACUGAUUUCUACCACAUUUAUGUGUAAUUAUGACACUUGAGUCAAAGGUCAGCCAUUAAUCGUUAUGCUUUGAUUAUUAUAAGCCAAAAACUAAGCUGUUUGGAAGCAAGAGGUUGAAUUUUGGCACCUGGAGGCCUUAAAUGCAACACCAUGUUGUAACACUAGGGGGCAGGCUUGACACCUCAACACAAGCAUAAUAACCUGCAAAUGUCAAUGUGUACUAGUAGUCAUUGCUUUUCAAAAGUAGCUUAAAUUAUGUAUGUACAAGAUGUUAAAAUAUAGUGUGUUCAAUAAAAUCAGGAAAAUUAC